GAGAGCAGAGGAAAGAAAAGGGCAAGGAAGGGACCUGUAAUAAAUUCUGCCUCGCACUCUUGGCGCCAAUCAGACUUAAAGAGAAAUAAAACAGUUGAAUUUUUCAUUGAUUGUUUUAAUCAAAUUUGCGCCUAAGCUGCUCCUCUCACAGCCAUCGUUCGGUGCUUUAGCUAGCUAGCCUCGACAGCAUACUCUCUAUCAUUGUCAUAUUAAUCUGGCCCCCUUCUCUCUGUCUGUAGUCACGAUACUAAUAACUCAGCACCAGGGACAAUAGAGGCGUGUUUCUCCUGGGGGACCGAUAAGACACAGCGGCAAAAUGGGGAGGAAGUCUAACAGAGCAAAGGAGAAGAAAGCCCGGCGUCUGGAGGAGAGGGCGGCUAUGGAUGCUGUCUGUGCUAAGGUGGACGCAGCCAAUAAGCUGGAUGACCCAUUGGCUGCCUUCCCGGCCUUCAAGAAGUACGACAGAAAUGGGCUGAACCUGCAGAUAGAGUGUAAGAGAGUGACCUCCCUCAACCCGCUGUCUGUGGAGUGGGCCUUCGAACUCACCAGAGGCAACAUGCAGACACUGUACGAGCAGAGCGAGUGGGGCUGGAAGGAGAGGGAAAAGAGGGAGGAGAUGAACGACGAGAGGGCGUGGUACCUGCUCGCCCGCGACGGCGACUCCGCCCCCGUGGCCUUCUCUCACUUCCGAUUCGAUGUGGAGUGCGGGGAGGAGGUUUUAUAUUGCUAUGAGGUGCAGUUAGAGAGCAGAGUGCGGAGGAAAGGACUCGGCAAGUUCCUCAUCCAGAUCCUACAGCUCAUUGCUAACAGCACACAGAUGAAGAAAGUGAUGUUGACAGUUUUCAAACACAACCACGGGGCUUACCAGUUCUUCAGAGAAGCUUUACAGUUUGAGAUUGACGAAACUUCGCCGAGCAUGUCCGGUUGCUGCGGCGACGACUGCUCUUACGAGAUCCUGAGCCGGCGGACCAAACAUGGCGAGGCCUCGGCGGGACACACCCACGGGGGCGGUCACUGCGGGGGCUGCUGCCACUGAUUCAGCUUCAGUUAGACCUUAUGAUUGGUUAAAAGCCAGCAACUUUCAUGGCUGUGUGUGAAAGCUUGAGCUGCCUGCUCUUCUGCAAACGUUAUGAGUUUGAACGGUCGUCUCCACGGCUGUUAAAAAUGAACCGAUGGUGGAAUACCUGGCUACAGAUAUUAAUGUUGCAUUAUGGAUUGAGAUUUGUGUGUCUUUUGUGUAUUCCUGCUACAAAAGCAGUAUGCAGUGUGAGCUUUCACACAUAGCUCCUGUUUGUCGUUUCCUACUUCUUGGUUCAAUGUCCAAGCCAUCUUUUCUCAUUCUCUUGUUCCACUUAAUGACUAUUAGUAGUUUCCCAGUCAAAGAAGAAGCUUUUUGCUGCCAUUAUUUACCACCAAAGUCAACCUCAUCCCAUCCUGCUCUCAUCUCCUAACGUGCUAUACUGUAUCGAAUCAUUCUGCAGUGCUGCUUAAACUGUGGUGUGGGACCUAAAAUUGGAUACUGGCCUUGGGCUGUGUUACAGAAACUCAUUACCUCUAGUCAGAACCUCUUAAGGUUAAGACAGAAUUUAUCUAAAGUCAAAUUCUGCUAAGUUGAUAAAUCAUGCUCUAACUCAAAUUACCUCUGAUACUAAGCAGGUAAGAUCAGUGAUAUAAUACAGCCCCUGAUUUCCUUAGGACCUCCCUCUGAGACUGCUAGCUUGUUUCACUGAACCAGGGUCCCAGGAUGAGGCUGAGUGUACUCAAGUGUAGGUCCCCUUGGAAACAGUCUGAGAAGCCCUGCAAUACUGUAACAUUACCUGUUGUUGUAACACAAGUUAUAUGCACAUAUGGCUUGUAAGCACUGCAGCUAGCAGCAACUGCACUGUUUUUAACCACAUUUGCCCAUGAUACUACUGUUACAUCAUUACAGUACACCAUUAGCACUACCCAUCUUCUCUAUUCAGGUGAUACCUAAAUGUUUAGACGUCUCCCCUGCUUUUAUUUGUUCUAACUUAUGAGACAAGAUGUCUGAGAUUGCCUUUUUCUUUCUCUCUUUAUUACGUCUUCUACUUUCUCCCAGUGAAUUGAGUAAAAAAAACAAAAACAAAAAAAAAACCUCAGUUUCUCAUCUGUUGCUGUAAAUCUGCAUCCAAUCCACAAAAUACCCCCAGUAUGAUCCUCUUGCUUAUUCAGCUUGCUGUAAACCCCCCCAACCCCACCCCACCCCAUCUAUCCUAAUCAGAGGUACAUGUCAUGAACUGAAACCUUAAUUCUGUUUCACUGCAUCAUUCGCUCAUUUUUCACCCUUUCUUCUCGCCGUCUUUUCCUCACCUCCAUGCUUAUACCCACAAAUGGGAGAUUCACGUCCUGAUGCCACAUCUUCCCAUGCUUCAGUUGUGUGAAGAAAUAUCACAUCCUUCUCUACUUUUUGUUCGUUUGUGCCUCCGUUCUCUCUCCAUGUCGUAAAGGUGCUGAAUGAUGACAGCGGACAUUUAUGUUGCUCUCAACAUUAGUCACCUUUGUGCAGAUGUAUUGCUCCUGCUUGCCUCUUAGUUCACUUUGUUUCCAAGAGGUACUAAUGAUAAACAAAUUGAUGUUGACGCUACUUUUAGCUGUAUUUAAAAACUACUAAAACCAUCCUCCAUCCCUUCUCUUACAUAUUUUGUUAGCAUGAGCAAAUCAUAUUGAUUUAUCAUGGAUGAAAAUUGAUAGACAUCGCCACUUCAUUAUAUGGCCGUUCGAAGCUGAUGAAUGCUAUUAACUUGGAGGAAGGAACAUAGAUGAAUGGAUGGGUGGAUGGAUGAAAGAAGUCAUUAAAGAGCAGUGAAGGCGUUUUUAUGGUCGUUAUUCCUCUUCUCCUCAGUCGUGACGUGUUUUCCCAGCCCACUGUCGUUAGCUUGCAUGACAAGAUUUAAAAAUGUUUAACAAAACUUGUAGUUAAAAUCAGGAUUACACAACAGCGAUGCUGCUUCAGAACUGUAGCUGCACUGUUUGAAUCUGUAUCUAAAGUCCUCAUGGUUAUAGCAGCAUUACUUUAAUAUUUCAUACAAAUCUCCCAUGAACAUCUGUGCAUGUUAGAAGUUUGUGAAGGGGAGAGUUGCGUGAAAUGUAAAGAUAAUGCUGUGGUUUGGUAUUCCUGACAGCAUCUUAGCACAAAGUCAGUACUGUAAGGUUUGGGUGAAGUUCUACUGCACAUCUGUUGUCCCAGAAUAAUCUUACUGAGAUGCCUGAAGAAGUUCCACUGAGGGUUUUAGAUACCACUUUACUAGUCAACCUAGAAAGGCUGCUGUAACCACUUCAACCUUUUUAAUUCCAUAUCUGUUUACAAAACCUUCAGGGUAUUUUUGGACCGUUUCGAGCGCUAGUCGGCUGGGUUGGAUGCCCUAUCUAGAAACCACCAUAAAACCCUUUAAUUCCAGGACUGUAGUCAGCUUGUACAGAUUUUAUGUGUGGGCUGGAGGAGUGAAAAGAUAAUUCUUCACGCUACUGUAGAUGCAAAUAUUCCUCUGUCUAAUGUGGCUGAGAGGGCCUUAAGUUGGUACGGUUUGAAAUGUUUUUUUAAAACAGGUCAUAUCAUUAAGGCUCGACUGGAGAUUUCAUACAGAUUAUUGCCUGGUUAAAUAUGUGAAAAAGGGGAGACUGAAAUGUGAAGUAGACAGAUACUUUCUUAGAACCACCUAAAUAUUGAAAUAAUCUGUGUUACACAAGAACAAAGAUGUUACUAUCACAACAAAAACCCUUGUGGAUUAUUAAGUCCAGAUCCUGGGGUGAAAGUUUCUGGUUGUUUCCAGACUGGGUGGAGACAAUGAAAUAUUCAUAUAAAAAAUAUUCAGCAUCUGUAGACGACAUAUUGGUGUCUCAUGCUUAUUUGAACUCUGAUCAUGAACAACAAAAAUGAUUAAACAACAUAUUGCUUGUUUUAGUUCUAGACUGACUUCUGAUAAGUACAGUAAUUCAAUUUUGUACUGCAUAGGUUACAGUAAAAAGAGGAUGUUGUACAUAGUGGUAGUAUAUCAACCGACUGACAGUCUCUCUCUCAGGUUAAUCAAACGUAAUCAAACCUCAUCUGUUUUACUUAACAGCCAUGUUGUCAGUUUGGUGUUCGCUGGAUUGGAUUGGCCACAGCUCUGACCCAGAGUCAGUUUUUGUGUCAUACCAUCAUAUUUAAAGAAAUUCUGAUUUGAAAAACUUUAUCUAAAUUUUCUUUUACCACAACUAAGAUAGUGGUAACGCUACUUUUCAUGAGAUUUUAGUUUUUAUGUUAUGAUACAGUCAACGAAAAGGCUUGGGAAUGUAAAAUGUCUUGAAAGUAAAUAUGACACAAAGUUUGAACUGACUCUGGAUCAGUGCUCAGUGGUUACAUUCAAUCGAGACAGGUGGGCUGUGUUUAAAAAAAGAAAAAAAAAAAAAAAAGG